AUGUCAGAGAACACCCCCCUAAUGCCGCGCCCAGCAAGCGCACCACAACCAGACAGCCAUCACAUCUAUCUUCGAGCUUGUCACUCAUCAUGGCGCUUUAUCAGCCCAAAGCUCCUUACGCUUCUCCGUCUUCUGGUCACAGGCUACCUGAUCGCAGUCGCCGGUGUCUCUUUGAAGUACAAGCUCGAAACUAAGGACAAACAUACCAACUGGAGAAUUCCUUUCCAGUUCUCCACGGUGUCAUUCCUCACGCUCCUCGCAUACAACCUUCAGGCCGCACUUUGGACACUUAUGCAUCUGUUGUUACCAGAAGCUCCCCAGCAAGAUCCGUCUCAGUGCGAAGGACAUGUGAUGAGAGCAAAAAUCACCAAGGCAUUAUCACCUCCCGCACAAGCUAGUUGCCCAAAGCGUCGCUUCUUCUACAGCUUGUUCUACACUGUCGCCCAUGUUUUCACCUUUACCAACACCAUUCUCUACUGGGCUGUGCUUGUCCCAUCAGGACAUGGUGGUUUCAAAGCUCCGAAGUUGCCGCACAUCCAUAACCCUGGCACAAACUCAACGUUUUUCUUGUACAAUCCAAAUAAAGGUCUCUUUGAAGAGGAUGACAUCAAGGCCUUCAGCAUCAUCAACGUCUGGACCAUUACCUCGAUCAUAGGCUUUCUUGAGGUCUUGCUCUUCAACAGUAUCAGACGCCAGACACCUGUCGCAAGCCAUUCUGUGGGUGUUGUGUUGGCUACUGCGGCAUAUCUUGCUUGGGCCGGUCUUGGAAAGCUUCUCACUGGCCACGCUGGGCUGUUCUUCUUGGACACCAAGAUGAUAGGCAGUACCAAGGCCAGUGUUGCUGCAACACUGGGGUUCCUCGCAUUGACGCCUGGAAUCUUCACCUAUCUAUAUGGGUUGAUCGCCAUGCGGGAGAGUAUGACUGCACGUCAAGCAGCUCAGUGA